AUUGACUGACGCGUCACCCGCCCAAUCGGCGGCCGGGAGGCUCCCAGGGGGCGCCGGGCAGUGGCGCGGCAGAAAAGGGAGGGCGGGCCCGUCGGCCUCCGAGCCGGGUUUCUCCUCCGCGGCCCCCAGCCAGCCAGCAAGUUCGGGCGAGGCCCUUUGCUGCGCUCGGGGCGGCGUCUCGGGCUCAGUGUGGUGGGAGGCGGCAGAGGGAGCGGACGCGGCGGCGAAGGGGCCGGGGCGGCGAGGCGGGCGAGGAGGAUGCCGAUGCGGCUGCGCGUGGCGGCAGGAGUGGCGGCAGGAGGAGGAGGCUGCGGCGGCGGCGGCAGCAGCAGCGCCGGACGGCGGUAGCCGGGCCGAGGCCGUCGAGCGGCCGGCGGGCGGGCGGGCAGGCGACCGACCGACCCCGGCAAGCAUGGAGGAGAAGGCGUCCAAGGAGGAGGGCGAGGCCGAGAUCCAGGAGCUGCACGGGCCCGAGCACUGGUUCAGCAAGUGGGAGCGGCAGUGCCUGGCCGAGGCCGAGCAGGACGAGGGCGCGCUGCUGCUGCCGCCCGAGCUGCAGGACGACGAGGAGGCCGCGGCCGCCGCCGCCGCCGCCCCGCCGCAGCCCGAGCACAAGCAGCAGAAGCUCUGGCACCUCUUCCAGAACUCGGCCACCGCCGUGGCGCAGCUCUACAAGGACCGCGUGUGCCAGCAGCCGGGCCUCUCCCUCUGGGUUCCCUUCCAGAACGCGGCCACUGCCGUCACCAAUCUCUACAAAGAAAGUGUGGAUGCCCACCAGCGGAGUUUCGAUGUAGGAAUCCAUAUUGGCUACCAGCGUCGCAAUAAGGACGUGUUGGCGUGGGUUAAAAAGCGCAGAAGAACUAUUCGCAGAGAAGACUUAAUCAGCUUCCUGUGUGGGAAAGCCCCUCCUCCUCGAAACUCUAGAGCUCCCCCAAGACUGACUGUAGUAUCCCCUAACCGAGCAACGCCGACAGAAACUAGCUCCUCUGUGGAGACGGACUUGCAGCCCUUCCGAGAAGCCAUAGCCCUCCAUGGUCUCAGUGGUGCGAUGGCUAGCAUAAGUGUUCGCUCCAGUACCCCGGGCUCUCCCACUCACGUGAGCAGCAGCUCCAACAGUAGUCGAAGGAGAAAUGGACUCCAUGAUGUUGACUUGAACACUUUCAUAUCCGAAGAAAUGGCACUCCACUUGGACAAUGGUGGAACUAGAAAGCGUACCUCAGCCCAGUGCGGUGAUGGCAUUACGGACUCCCCGACCCAUAAACGCAAUCGUAUGAUCUAAAUGGCAAAUCCUUUGACCUUCCCUCGCCCCCCCACCAUGCUGCUUGAAAGCCACUUGGGUCCUCAGCAUACUAUUGGGGAAAACCAACCUGAGGCACCCUCCUCCUGAGUCACACAGAUCCAAUAAUUGCCAUAAAGGAAAGCUUACGUACUGACGGUAGAUUCUUCUUGUAACGACAGCUUUCUUCAAAUUAGAUUCUUUAGCAGAGGACUUCCCAUGUUGUGUAGUAGCUAGCAAGCUCAUGAGGCAGAACAGGCAUCCGUUCCAAGGCUAAAAGUGACCUUACUUGUACUCUUAAAGGGAAAAGGAAAUAUCAGAUGUUUAUUUGGUUAUAGAAAUGCUUUUUUGUCCUUUCUUUCUUGCCGUGUUGAAAUAUUUGCUUCAACAGUAUUGCCAUUUUUUUACAACAGUGUCAAAACCAUGACUUGGCAUGUAAGACCUACAGGCUUCCUUUCCUGAAUCUUAUCUAUCUUUUUUUUUCCUUUUAAAGCUCUACUGGGCACAAUUUCUGUAUAGUAAGUGUGCAAGUUAUAAUACGUAUUGGCCUGUACCCUUUUUUAAGUUUCAAAAGCAGUUGUUGGUGGCUGUGUGGUAAAUGUAUAGAGAUUCUACAAUGGUUUAUGCAAUGGCUACUAAAUCAAUACUCAAAG